AUGGAUCUCAUCCGUCGCAAAAAAGAGGUGAUCCUCAUGGCUCCGACUGGCGCCGCGGCAGACAAUAUCGGCGGCAACACGUUUCACACAUCUCUUGGGAUUUCUAUUACUCGCUCUACAGGACAUUCGAUGGCUGCUCGUGUGCGAAAACUCUGGUCCCGUAAAACGAUUGUGAUCAUCGAUGAAGUCAGCAUGAUGGAUCUCAGCAUGCUUAGUGUGAUCAACAACCACUGCAAAAUGGCGAGAUCCCUCGAUAGGGGUUCUCCCGACCCCUUCGGUGCUUUGCCCAUUGUCAUCCUCAUGGAGGACGAAGAGGGCUGGCUCAUAUGGCAUCAGUUCAGAAAUGUGAUCAUCCUAGACGAGCAGAUGCGGCAGUCCGGGGAUCCAUCAUUUCGGGGCCUUCUACAUCGAGCGAGGACGUCAACGUUGACAGAAGAGGACCUGGACUUGCUUAACUCCUGCGUCAUCACUUCCUUGGUGGACCCCCAGCUACACAGUGCGACAAUGCUGGUGAAGCUGAAUUCUCUGCGACAUCAGGUGAAUCGUAUUCGAAUGGAACACUUUGCCAAGUCUUGCUGUCAAAAAAUCUAUGCCUUCCCUGCUCAAUACACACGAACCAAGUCCACUGGUCCCACCAACCUUCGCUUGCGUGUCGACGACUUGCCCCAGCAACCAGAUCACGGUACCAGGAUCCCAUUCCCCGGAAUGUUUCUCUACACUCCUAACAUGCCUUCUGUCAUAUUGACAAAUGUUUGUACCCGGUUAGGACAGGUCAAUGGGGCGACUGGAACCGCUAUCGGUGUGGUGGUUGACCCAGUGGGCGGGUUAAUCCUCCCUUGCGUCUAA